CCCGCCCAAACAUCCGGACGCCUACGUGGUUGCGACGUUACCAAACAAAUAUGGCCGACUGCAAGAGCAAAGAAGAGAAAGACACGAGGAAAAUGAAUCGUACGAGAGAUGUCACAAAGGGCGAAGACACAGAAAAAAAUCCGAAAAUUGAGAAAGGAAGCUUAAGAAAAGGAAAGAAGACUGAUUACAAGAAACAGAAAGGACAUGUGUUAGUAUAUAGCAAUGUCAGCCCAACAUUGGUCCGCAUGAAAGCUCCUAGACUUCCUUCAGAUCCUUCAUCUUCAUCGUCAGACACAACACCGUCUAUAUCACCUUCUCCUCUAACAGAGCAAGCUAGAAAUAGAACAGCCGUCACGACUCAUUCGCAGACGACGACGUCAGCUAUCGAAUCUGAUCGUCGAAAGAGAGUUGAGAAAGCAUCUCGUGCAAGGUUUUAUCUUCUUCAUAAGACAGGACCGACAGCAUUCACGGUAGCUGGAGAUUCACCAGAACACAAGUACAAAGUGAUGAUUGGUCCACAAACAUGCAGUUGUAGUCGUGGGCUUCACUGUGUCCAUCUUCUUUUUGUCAUGUUGAGAGUACUGCAAGUUGACCAGACUAAUCCUCUACUGUGGAGCAGAACGUUGAAGAACUACGAGGUGAAUGGGCUUUUAGCUCAGAUGCAAGACAGAAACAGGAAAAGAAUCAGGAGAGGCAGCUCAUGUAAUAGCAGUUUGCUGGCUUCAAGUGAGCAGACAGCAGACGAUCAAGGAGGAAAAGCAUCAUACACAACAUCGGAUACAUCAAGAGAUGAAGAUGUGAAACUAUUCAAAGGAAGUGAUGUAAUGGGAGAGGAAAAUGAGAGAAGAGAUGACAGUUUGAGUGCAGCUGGCAAGAGUGGGAAGGGAGAAGAAGAAGAUGAUGAUGAUGAUGAAGAUAUUUGCCCUAUCUGUCUGUUGGAAAUGGUAGAUGGAGAGAGUCUAACAGUUCAUAUCAAUGGAUGUGGAAAUUCACUUCACCAUCAUUGCAUGGCAAUCUGGACAGAAGAAAAGCAUCGUCAAGAUGAAUCUGUCACUUGUCCUCUGUGUAUGUUAGAGUGGGUGCAUGUGCCAAGUGCAGCUGCUCCUGCUACUUCUGUCAGAGAUGCUACGCCUUUUUCUUUACUGACAGAUGAUGAGAUCAAAUUACCAUUGGUUGAACCUCUUUCGCAGGAGAAGACUGAAGAAAUGUCAUUGUGGGUCGAGGUGUUUGGACUUGAUGUUACAUCAUGUUUGCUGUCUCGUAAAUGGAAUGUACGAGAAACUGCUCUUCAUCGUGUAACACAAAAGGUCGUUGCUCUACUGUUAUCAUGUGCCAGUCAGCAAGAAGAUGAAGCUUCAAUUAUAAAAGUUGUAGAGGCAUGUUCACAGAUUGUGGCGCAUCGUUGUGCUGAUCCUGUAUACAAGGUGUUUGUUGCUGCUCUUGAAGUGCUGCAUGCUAUGCUAGCAACAAUCCCAUGUAGCAAUCAAGAUAUAACUGUUAUACUUCAAGACACUUUAUAUCCAGUCAUACAAGCCAUUAUUGUUAAAGCAGCAGAUCCAAACAGACGAGUCUGCAACCAGUCGCUAUUAACACUAGAGGAGCUGUGUCGCGGCCAAGGGGGUGAACUUGCUGUUGGAUCAGCUAUGGACCAAUGCAAAGAAACAGAAGGAUAUGGAGGACUCCCGUUUGUGUUGUUUUGUGCUCUUAGUGAGGAGGCAACAGGAAAUGUAAACUGGCAGUGGUGGCAAGGGAGACUUGCUCUAUUGGAUAUGCUGCUUAGUCAGUUUCCUUUCUCCUUCCAAUUGGUUGUAGGUCAAGAACAACAGUCAACAUUUGAUGAAGUGUACACAAGGCUUUGUAAAGUUUUGGAAUUUGCAGCAAAAGCAAUGAGCAUACAACACAUGCGUGUUACUAAACUUGCACGUCGAGUAUUUGUCCGUGUUAUUCGAUUGGGAGCUCAUGUUUCCGAAGCUGUGAAGUACAUGAGACACUUAAUAGAAGGUUUACAAGACACGCACAAGACAACAUUGUCUCGACGUCUAUCGCUCAUAGUUGGAGAGACAUCAAAUGCAUUCCAUAAUCGUUCACUUGAUUCCUCUGCAUCAUUUCAAGCUGGCAGUUUAUCUCUGAGAAGUGCAAGUCUUGAAAUGAAGAAAAGGAGAGUCACUGAUGAAAUGGAAACAAAAUUUAAAACAGACGACAACGACAAGGAAACAACAGAAGAAACAACCCUGCAAGUUGAUGCUGUUUCACUGCUUCAUGGAGAAGACAAAAUGUCAAAGAGUGAAACUGACCAACCUGACUUGAAUUGGGAAACACAAUCCAAUUCUCCUCAUAGAGAUGUUGGUCAUGGGCAGACUGCUGUAUCAGAUAAUGUCGAAGAAAACAGUCAUUUCUCUCAUUCCUAUCAUCCUGUUCCAGUUCGUAAUGAUCAUUUUUGUAAAGACAUAGAAGCUGACGAAUCAGAAGCUGUAUUCCUGGCUAUGGAAGCAUCACAGUCAGAAUCAGGUCUUCCUGUUCUCAGCGGUCUUGCUCCUCCAGAUGAUCUUGUGACUGUUCAUGUGCAAGAGGGAGCAGAAGGUGGGUCUCAAGCUCAACGGGACGGCAGCAAUGUGUAUGUUGAAGGAGUUCACUGGAAAAAAGGAGCAAGGAUUGGAACUGGCGCUUUUUGCACAUGUUUUCUUGGCAGAGAUAUAAAGACAGGAGCUCUAAUGGCUCUCAAACAAGUGUCGUUUGCGCGUAACUCUGAAAAUGAGCAAGAAACCGUAAUUGCUACUAUCACAGAAGAGAUUUCCAUGAUGGGUCGCCUUGAUCAUCCUCAUUUGGUUCGUUGUGUUGGAGCGACAAGGGAUAGCUGUCAUUUCAACAUUUUUAUGGAAUGGAUGCCUGGUGGUUCUGUUGCAUCCAUUCUAGCCAGGUUUGGUAGCUUUGAGGAAGAUGUGAAUAAAUCUUAUGUUGGCCAGUUACUGCAAGCUGUUGCAUAUCUUCAUGAACACAGAGUUAUUCACAGAGAUGUGAAGGGAGCCAACAUGCUUAUUGAUUCUACUGGUCAACACAUGAGGUUGGCUGACUUUGGAACAGCAGCUCGUUUAGCAACCCAGCAAACCAUAGCAGGGGAAUUUCAGGGAGAUCUAAGAGGAACAAUAGCCUUCAUGGCGCCAGAAGUCCUCAGAGGAUCAACCUACGGACGAAGUUGUGAUGUAUGGAGUGUAGGCUGUACCAUCAUUGAGAUGGCAACCGGCAGCCCACCAUGGGAAGCAGAUGAUACCACAAACCAUCUUGCACUCAUAUUCAAGAUUGCCAGCGCCAACGGCCCGCCUUCGUUACCUGAUGGUCUCAGCCCUGCUCUCCGUGAUCUCACACUGCGCUGCUUGGAAGUCCAGCCAGCAGAUAGACCGACAGCUAUCGACCUCCUCAAGCAUGCUGUCUUUACUCGUUUGUGAUGUUUUCGUCUUGGUUGUAAUGCGUUGUUGUCAGUCAGUAAACAGACCAUAACACCAAACAGUCUGUCCGCAACAAUGUGACACUUUUAACGUGUAGGUGUGUUCAUGCUUGUGGUGCUUAAUAUGCCCCGUACUAGCUGGAUUCCAACGUUCUUUUGGUUUUACACUUUGCAAACAGUUCUGUUUGUAGCCUUACCCGACGGAUGCGUGUAGAAUAACACUAGAACAAUAGGAUUAGAAGCAGCAUAAGUAGUCGUAUAACUUAGCAAGAACGUGUUAGUAUCGUGGCCUCACGUGGGAGACGAUCCCGUUCCCAUUGUGUGUAAAUCCAAAUGCCUCUCGUGUUUGCAAUAAACGAGACUGUUUUGAUUUCCGGGGCGGCUUAUCCGCGAGUGACGCCGUGACUCGUUUACUGUUUGCUGAACAUUAGUGCUGUGAAGGUGGCAAUGGGCGCUCCUUACGUUUUGUUUAUGCUGCUCGCCGUUGUAGCCUGCGGCGUGCACGCUGGCAGAAAAGUAUCUGCAAGCCAGUUGACGUGCUACAAGAUGGAAAGUUACACGUUUCGAGAGAGCUAUGUCAAAGUAGUACAGAAAAAGAAGAAAGAUUGCUGGCCACCGUGGUUAGUUGACUGUGAUCAUGAUGGUCCAAAGAUAAGGACUAUCUACAAGACAAGCUUCCGGAAAGUAAGGAGCAUGAAGAGAGCUGAAACUCCAAUAUUGCAAAGAGAUUUGAGCGACAGAUAUCAAGUGAUUGAAUCACCAAGAUAUCCAUAUGCCUACUUCAGGAAUUUGGAAUGUGAAUGGAACUUUGUACUUCCCAGAAAUCAUCUUGCAUCUAUCAAAUUCAACUCUUUCAACAUUGAAAGUUCAGACAACUGCACCAAUGACAGGCUGUCAAUUACCAGUGGCAGUAAAGCAAGGACAGUCUGUGGCUACAGGCAGAGAGUUCAACUAAAGAAAAUGAAGAACAGAAGAGUGAAGAUUGUGUUUAGGACAGACAGUAGCAAUGCAGGGUCAGAGAAAGCACCACUUACUGCCAACAUUGGAUUUACUGGAUUUCUACUUGCUACUGAAAGAAGUCAGAAACAUGGGAGUAUAGGAGGGGCAACCAAUGUGGGACAAGGAGGACGUAACUACUCUGGUAACGGACAAAAGAAUAUAAGUUGUGAUUCUCCAGAACAUGAUGAUCUUAUUGAUAUGUUGACUGGAAAAUCAAACACAUGUGAUCUUCAAGUACAAGAAGUGAUCAGCCAGUCAGUUCAAAUUGACUGGUCAAUUGUUCAGCAGAGACUCAAUGCUGUCGAAAGCACUCAAGCAACAGAAGCAUACUCAAGGUCAACAGAUAAGUAGAAAGUAAAGCUGAAACAGGAAAAUGUUAGACAUGAGGGAUCCAACUCCACUAUAUGAUGUAACAGUAAUAUUCAUGUGUAGAGGC